GGGGCCGCGCGUGGGGUGGAGGGGACUGAACGGCCAUGGAGGUUCUGGUGGCGGUGGCGGUGCUUUGGGGUCUGCCCCGGGGGGGGGCGCAGCCCAUUGCCUCUGCGGCGGUUCCGGCGCUGCCGUGUGAGGCGGUGACCCCCCGGGACUGCCAGGACGUCCACGCGGGGGGGGCACAGAGGGACGGGGUGUACCUGGUGUACCCCAUGGGGCCCGGCCUGCCCGUCCCCGUCUACUGCGACAUGAGCACGGAUGGACACGUGUGGACGGUGUUCCAGAAGCGCUUCAACGGCUCCGUCAGUUUCUUCCGGGGUUGGAACGAUUACCGCUACGGAUUCGGCCGCGCCGACGGCGAAUAUUGGCUAGGGCUGCAGACCAUCCACGUGCUGACCCUGCAGGGCCGCUAUGAGCUGCGGGUGGAGCUGGAGGACUUUGAGAACAACACGGCCUCGGCCACCUAUGGGACCUUCGCCCUGUCCCCAAAUGCCAUCAGCGCCGAGGAGGACGGAUACACCCUGCAUGUGGGGCACUUCGUGGACGGCGGCGCCGGCGACUCCCUGAGCUACCACCACGGGUCCCUAUGGGUCCCUAUGGGUCCCUAUGGGUCCCUAUGCAUCCCAAUGGGUCCCAAUGGGUCUCAAUGGGUCCCUAUGCAUCCCAAUGGGUCUCUAUGGGUCUCAAUGGGUCCCUAUGGCUCUCAAUGGAUCCCUAUGGGUCCCUAUGGGUCUCUAUGCAUCCCAAUGGAUCCCUAUGGAUCUCAAUGGGUCCCUAUGCAUCCCAAUGGGUCCCUAUGGGUCUCAAUGGGUCUCUAUGGGUCUCAAUGGGUCCCUAUGGUCCCUAUGGGUCUCAAUGGGUCCCUAUGGGUCUGAAUGGAUCCCUAUGGU